GGUAACCCAUAUCCCUAUAGGGAACUAGAUAGGGUUGUUACCGAUUUUAGGUUAGUUAGAUUUAACCAAAAUCAGCUCGUCCAUCGUCAUCCUCACAACCCAGACCGUAAUAUCACCCUGCUCAAGUGUGUAGACCACUUAGUGGUGCGUCAUUAUAAUAGUUACCCUAAGGGCACCAUUGUUGUCGAUAAUACCUUACAUUUUAGGUCCGCCAUCAUUGAGGAGUACGAAACCAAUCGUAGGACAUGGCCUUCUCUGCUCAAGGGCGCCUUUGCCCCUGGAUUUAAGCAGUACGUUGACUUGUCCAGUCCUGAGGUAGAACCGGAACCUGAACCUCCUAGGAUCCAAGAAAUACUAGUUGUAGACUCUCCUUCUCCUCCAGUAAUCCCAAGGCCAGAGGUCGUGAUAAUAGACUCCUCCCCCAGCCCGGAGGGUAGGAUCUUUAUUUAUUUUCUUUAUGUAUGUUUUUGACUUUAUUUGUGAUAUAAUCCCCUUUUGUUCUUUUCAGGCGAAGAGAUGGAACAAAUCGGAGCUCCUGACCUCUGUACUGCUUUCCAGGCCGUGAAAACCGGCUUGGGCCCUGUUGUGAAGAGGCCCGGACUUACGAAGAAGGCCCCUCCGGCUGCGGGAAAUGUCUCAAAAUCUCCUGCUAAGGGGAAAGGCACGAGCUCGACAGCUCCGGUGUCUUCCGUUACUCAGAGGAGGAUUCCUUCUCCACCUCCCCCGCCUCGGUUCGCGCCUUCUCAAGAUCAAGUAAUACAAGCUGAUCCUCCAGCUCCUCCUGCCCUAGCUGCGACCGUCCGAAUACCAGUGGAUCCCCAGGAUCUAGAGAGGAUCCCUGAAGCUUUUCAGAGGAUCCUGUACGAGACAGCGAGCCACAUGGUGGGACACGCUUAUAAGGCCAGCUCGAGGGACUUGAGGACGAUCGAGGAGCGGAGCCCGAAAAACAUCCUGGAGUCAGCCUUGGGGAUGACCCUCACAUCUGCCCUGGCUCAACAUCGUAGCAUAGCCCGGGCUAGGGCUAGAAACGAUGAGCUCCAGGCUGAAAUAAACGUUGCUAAGAUCGCCCUAAUAGCUGCCCAAGAAAGCGAGCAGGCCGCCAAAGUUGCCUUUGCGGCUACUCAAAAGAGUGAGUAUGACGCCAAGUUUGCCCUCGCCUUGUCCCAGGAAAGUGAGCAAGCUGCAAAGAUUGCCUUGGCUGCUCUCCAGGCUCAAACUGCAAAACUCUAGGCCAAGGUUGAUGAAGCCAAGGCAAAACUGCUCGAGGCCGAGGCUGCAGUCAAAGAAGAAAAGGCGGCCUCAUUGUCGUCCAUGGAAGAUAUGUUGUACCAUUGCUUGGCCUUUAACCAGGAUGGCAACUUUUCUUUCAUGGCUCCCGCGCUGUGGGAACCGUACCUUGAAAAAUUAAAGGCUUGGAUCUUGCUAGAACCGUCAGAAACGAGGGAUGCUUCUGCAGCGGGCGAGCAGGAAGGCGAGGAGGUCACAUCCUCAGAGCAGCCUGGAGGAGCUCUGUGACAAUCAUUUUCUUUUUGUUUUUUUUUUUAUAUUUGUUUGUAAACAAUUGCCUUUGGGCUCAAUUCGAGGUUUUUCUCCUCGAGACAAUUUUAUUUUCAAUUUAUAUAUCUAAUCUCUUUUAUCUAUUCAUCUUUCCUUUAUUAUCUCUCAUGUUUAUGACUCCUUAGACUUGUAGAUUCUAGGAAUCAAUUUUUAGAUCGGGAUAGAUAUUUUAAGCUCGGUUAUAAACGAACUUUAUGUGUUAAUUUAUAUCAUACCUAUGAAGAAUCAGGUCUUGGACCCCGGUUAUAUCCCGGAUUUUAAAUAUUUUAAACUUAGGUCGUGUUAG